CCCUCUUCCCCCAAUUCCCCGUCGGAGUAAAAUCGCAAGCCCUCCCUCUCUCCCCUUCCCCCCUCCUCGCCGUGAUGCCGGGGCCGGGGCGCCGCCUGCCCCCAGAUGGCAGCGGGAGGCCGCCGCGCGUCGGCGGGAAGCAGCCACUCCCCAAGACUAUCGUGAUCAAGCCGGUACUCCGCCUGCCCGGCAGCGGAGGGAAGCCGCCCCGCGGCGGUGAGCCUCUCGAUCGAGCCGCUGCUCCCGAGCCAGAGCCUGCACCCUUGGCUCCGUCCUUCCUCGCCGCUGGGGCGCCCCCUGCUCCCGCCCUCAAGACCUCGGAUCCAUCCUCCGCUGCCGCUGGGGCGGCCCGAGCUGCCGCGCGCCCUGCUCCCACCGUCGAGCCCUCCGCCCCGUCUUCCGUUGCUGGCGGGGAGACCCUCGCUCCCGUCGUCAAGCCCUCGGUCCUCUUCUCCGUUGCUGCUGGGGAGACCUUCCCUCCCGUCGUCAAGCCCUCAGCCCCCUCCUCCGUUGCCGCUGGGGAGCCACCAAGACUCGGAGAUGCGGGCGGAGAAGGCGCGCCUAGGAUGAUCGAGCGAGCGCCAGAGGAGGAGAGCGCAGGACGCGGGGGCACGACGGGGAGGUCGCCCGCCCGGGAAGAAGCCAGGGCCAGCCGAGGCGACAAGCCCUUCUUUGGUUUGCUCUUCAUCUUCGUCGACCACUUCGUCGAGGAUGUGGGACUUGACGAUUAUACUCAAAUAAUUGAAAGCUUGGGUGGCAAGGUUGGGACAGGAAUCAACUACAACGAAGCCACACACAUCGCUGUGAAAGGUCAGGUACCACCAGGGGCCAGAAUAUUCUGGGAAGCAGAUGGGAAGACAGUCACUACCACUGCUUGGAUUGAGAAUUGCUUCAACAUGAGGAAGUUAUUAACGAAUCCAUGUAAAGAUAGCAGCGAAAGCCUGCUCCCUUCUCCUGAUAUGACACCCCUGGCAACGAUUAAAUCAAGGAACUGCUUAUCUGAUAGCAAAAUAUCAAGCAAGAACUGCUCGCCUAGUAACAAAAGAACCAGCAAGAAAGAUGAAGAGCUCAGGAUAUCGCAAUCAAGAAGAAAGAUGCUGAAAUUUCCAACUCCCGACCCACCAAGAGUCCCCAGUCUCCCAACUGGUCUGUAUCAUUCUAUCUUGGUCUGUGAGUCUGAUAGUGGGUGGUCUGAAUCGCUGUAUGAUCAUGCCCUUCGAUUUAAGCUACACCACAACACAUUACUUCCAGGCUUCACCACUGAGUCCAAAUUGUCUAAGAUAUCUACCAAGGUCGCUGUAGGUGGCUCGUAUAGUAAAUUGGCUGGGUUGCAUGGCAAAGGGAAGUCGCUUGGGGGUAAUUUCAGCUCAAGAAACUUCAUCAUAUACAAAGACGAUUCCAUUAAGCUCCUUUUCAGCGAGGACCAGCUUGUUGACUAUUCUGAUGCCGAAGGUGACAAGGACUAUGCUAGUUUUGUGAAAAUGAUAACGGACGAAGUUUUCCAUAAGCAGCCCUUGCCUGUAGAUAUGAUUGAAUGGCUUCGAGUCAUCUCACAGGGCGUAGCAGUCUGCAGUCCCAACAUCUUAGCACAUCACAUAUAUCUGAUGGAGCCUUUUCAAGCAUAUGGCACAUUCGUAGUGAUGUACCAGUUGUUCAGCAGCAUUGAAAGUACGAAGGGGUGGAGUGCUUUGUCAGCAUCUUUGUCUCACUUUGAUGGCUGGUCAUUACCAAGAUGCAAAAUGCUCCUGAAGACAUAUUACUAUCUUGAUAAGAAUGGGAACCGUGUCUUCUAUGAGUACGAUGUAAGAGGACUCCUCAGGCUCAUCUGGAACAGCUCGAAGCAUCAGUCGAGGCGUGAUCUCCAGUUUUUUGUUCAGAUGGUCAUGAAAGAUUAUCCAAGGUUACUGUGUGAUCUGCAGAGGGCAUUGUAUGAUGGAGGUUACCUAAGUCAUCUGCAGCUGAACUGCCGCUAGUAGUAGCGGUUGGUAAAUGUACAGAAAAAUCUUAGCGAACUCAUUAGCGUCUUUGUUUGUACACGAUACAGUCUCUGUUUGUACAUGCUACAGUUGGUUUUACCACAAACAGUAAAGCUCAACAUUGGUGUAAAUUGUUUCCUUGGAAACCAUGCUCAAUGUGCAUGGCCAAUUACUUUUCUCAGGAGCAUGUUUGGUAUGUUGGGAACAGUUUUAUUUGGAACGGGUGCAUUGCU